AUGGCCGACGACCGACGACGCACACAAGAAGCUGCUAUCAGAAUAAACGAAACGCCAACGCGGGUUGUAAAUAUGUCUGAAGAUUGGGACAGUGAUGGAGAGAAUUCCAAGAGGAGUCGUACGUUUCAGUCCCGGAGUUAUACGAAUCAGUCUCGUUUUAACGACAGAAGACAACCAGAUGGUCGAGGAGGAGGCCGACGUGGAGGUCAAGGAAGAGGUGAUAGAGGCGACAGAGGUGACAGACGUGAGGACAAUAGAAGCCAGUACGGAAAACAGAAUCAAAGCCAGUAUGGUCACAAGAGCCAGCAACAAUACAGUCAACCGUCUCAACAAUAUGGUCAGCAGAGACAAUACAAUUCACAAAAUCAGUCCUACCAAUCAAACGGACACGAGAUCGUUAUGAAAAUAGAAACGCACAGGGUUGGAAGGCUUAUUGGAAAAGGUGGUUCAAAAAUCCGAGAACUUCAGGAUGAAAGUUCAUGUCGAAUCAAGGUUGACCGCGGAAGGGAUAAUGAUACAGUUCCCGUGACUUUAGAGGGAACUGAUGAAGCUCAGAAGAAAGCUAAAGAUCUGAUCGAAGAGCUGAUGUCGAAUGACAUGGGCCCACCUCAAGGUCGUGCACCACGGCCAUACGGACGUUCCAGGAGAUCAGAUUCAAGAUCUCCUCCGUCCAGGUCUCCUUCCUCCCGAUCUCCUCGCUCGAAAUCUGGAAAUUCUCCUCAGAGAAGACCAGAUUCCUAUUCACAGAAUUCGUUCCCGCCGCUGGGUGAGAGUCAAUCCCACGGAAGACAGAGUCAGGAGCAGCAGUCCUAUGGGAGACAGUCGCAAGGUCAGCAGUCCUACGGUGGACAGCAGCGAUCAUACGGAUCUCAAUCGAAUGACUCUUCGACGAGUCGAUACAAAAAUUAUAAUAACGACAGGAGUAACAACGAUUAUAGCUCGAGACGGUCCGAUUCCAAUAAUUAUCAGGAUUCUAAGUUCAAAAGCUCAGAUUUGACACAAGACACACCAAGUUCCCAACAAACGUCAAGCAGCACGCAAGAGGAGCAGAAGGAAGAAAUUGAUUUUGAUAAUUUCGACUGGUCGAAGGCCAAUGAAUUUUAUGAAGCGGCACAAAAGGAGAGGUGGGCGAAAUUGCCCUCAUUAAAAAAAAACUUUUACGUGGAAGAUCCGGAGGUUGCGAACAUGUCAGAAGAAGAAGUUGCGUUAUUCAGGAAGGAAAAUAACAAUAUUGAGGCAAAGCUUAUGUUCGAAGAAGGACAGACGAGCGAUUUGAAAGUACCCAAUCCUGUUCAAACCUUCGAGCAAGCCUUUGGACCAUAUCCAGAGAUUCUUCAGGAAAUUUCUAAGGUUGGGUUUGAGAAGCCUUCUCCAAUUCAGAGCCAAGCAUGGCCUGUUCUUAUGAGUGGGAUGGAUUUAAUUGGCAUAGCUCAAACCGGAACAGGGAAAACACUAGCUUUUUUGCUGCCGGCUUUAAUUCAUACAGAUGGCCAGAAUAUUCCGCGAUCUGAAAGAGGAGGACCUAAUGUACUUGUUCUUGCACCGACGCGCGAGUUGGCACAGCAAAUUGAAAAGGAGGUUUCAAAGUACACAUAUCGCGGCAUCAAAGCUGUUUGCGUCUACGGAGGAGGAAGCCGAAGAGAUCAAAUAAAUAUGGUAUCAGGUGGAGUUCAAAUUGUGAUAGCGACACCCGGAAGGUUAAAUGACUUGGUCCAGGCUGAAAUCCUGAAUGUUGAGUCGGUAACGUAUCUUAUUCUUGACGAAGCCGAUCGCAUGUUGGACAUGGGCUUCGAGCCUCAAAUUCGUAAGACUCUCUUGGAUGUGAGGCCUGAUAGGCAGACUGUAAUGACCAGCGCGACUUGGCCCUCGGGAGUCCGGAGACUUGCGCAGUCUUACAUGAAAAACCCUGUGCAGGUUUGUGUAGGAACUCUAGAUUUGGAAGCCGUUCAUUCCGUGACUCAAACCGUGAUUAUGACGACUGAAGAUGAAAAAGUUGAAGUUUUGCAUAACUUUUUCCGAAAUAUGGGACCCGAUGAUAAAGUAAUCGUAUUCAUUGGAAAGAAAGCGAAGGUAGAUUUGUUUUCGAGUGAACUGGCGCUCCAGGGAGUAAGUUGUCAGAGUAUUCACGGAAGUCGCGAGCAAAGUGACAGAGAGCAGGCUCUUGAAGAUUUAAGAAGUGGCGAAGUUCGUAUUCUUUUAGCGACCGAUGUUGCCAGUCGAGGUAUCGACAUCGAGGAUGUUACCCACGUUCUCAACUUCGACUUUCCUCGUGAUAUAGAAGACUAUGUUCAUCGCGUUGGACGUACAGGACGAGCAGGCCGAACUGGCGAAAGUAUAACAUUAAUGACCCGAUCGGAUUGGUCGCACGCGAAAGACCUGAUCAAUCUGCUCGAAAAAGCCAGUCAAGAAGUGCCUAGAGAGUUGUACGAUAUGGCUGAUAGGUAUGAAGUUAACAAAGAAAAGCGAAAUAAUGAAAGGGAUCGCGAUCGCAUGGAUUCUCGCGGAGGUCGAAGAGGCGGUGGAAGAGGCCGAGGUGGAAGGGGAGGAGGUCGAGGAAGUCGUUUUGCAAACGACUGGUAAAAUCCGAUCGAAGUUAACAUUUAAUAUAUAUAUAUGAAAUAUGAUUUAUAUAGAAAAGAGUUUGAAAAACAAAAAAAAAAGGAGCGACACAUCAGUUUUUGAGAAACUGUGUGCAAUAUGUUUGAUUUAAGCACUGCGAUUAUUUCGUUGGAAAUAGAACUACGACUAUUUAAAAAGUGUAUUGUCUUUUUUUUUUUAAUGUUCUCUAAGAAGAGGCUCAUUAUUAGUCAAUAGACAAAGAAAAUCGUCGGUUUAAUUUAAGAUUAAUUGUAUGAAAGAAUUUUUCCUACUGGUGGUAGUGAAUCUCGGGGGGGAAAAAAUUAGCGAGAUUACUAUCACUGUCUGCAUUUUGUCGAGUGUGAAAAAAAAAUAAUGUUGAAUUGUUUUGUUUUAAUGAGCGCAACGCCAACAUUAAUACUCCAAGUACAAAGGAACGUUCUUCCACUGAUGACAUUUUUCGUUUCGUUCCAUUCAGUACUGUAUCGUCUGAAAAAUACACGAUUUCAGAUCAAA